CUCUCUCUACCUCCGAAUGGCCUUUGUGACUAAGCAUACUCGAAUCCUAUUUGGGGCUAGUAGAUAACCAAGCGUCGAGGGAUUUGAAUGCAGUUUGAGCCUCGAAGUAUAACAAAGACUUUUGCUUCUUCCCUUUCUAUUUCACUUCUUUUUUCACCUUCGUCUUCGUUUUCAUCAUGCCCCGUGUUCCUCGAUGCACAAAAUUCGAUAUCGGUCAAUGUUCUCUCGAAAUCCAGGAUGGGACAGAAGCGCACAUAAACGAAUAUCACUCCUUGAGGACAAUAAAAUUUAGAUCGCAUUAUACGGGUGACCUUCUCACUGUCGACCGUGAUCCCAAUCGCUUUUUUUAUUAUGCUUGUCCACAUAUAAGUUGUAAUCACAUAUCGAACCUCGCAUCGGACCCUCCAAAGCACCACAAGAAGUGCAGGAAGUUCAUGGAAGACCCCUUCCAAGCUUCUGGCAACACUAAUACCAAUCCUACCAUUACUCGUUCUAGCAGCCCUGUCUUCGCUGACAGCCCCACUGCCUCUGAUAGGCCGGCUCCAGAAGAAAUUGAGAAAGAGCACCAGAAUUCUGCAGUGACUAGCAACGUCCCUAGCAAGCCCAUUGGCGCAACUUUGGUCGAAAAACCACAGAUAAAAAAAAAAUCUAACGUAACAUCAGAGCUCAUCAAAGCAGCGCGAGUUUUUUUUUGCUGAACUUGACGAAAAUCAGGAAGCGGAGAAGGAGCUGGUCCAAGAGGGGCCCUCGCUCUCUGAUCUCAAG